CGAGGUCAAGUUGGAAGUUGGCAUUUGGACCCCACCAAGCUGAGCGCCAUCCAUGACGACUGUGCUGCAUUCAUACCAGUCUGAGUCUGAGAGGAAGCUUUGUUAUUCUGCGACAAGACUGGCAACACGUCUUUCACCAGCAUUAUCACCAGCUCUGUUUCUGCUCUUGAAUUCUUUUUAAUCAGGAGGAUUCGACCUGUUCAAUUAGCAAGCAACUGUUUAUCAAUACCACUUACAUCAGUACCCUUAACCAAAGCCAGGGACCAGCACCUCGUCCAGACAUCAUGAGCGAGUCAUAUGGCCCUCUUGUCCGCCUAUGGGGCAUACGUCCUUCUAAACUUCCAGCUGCAGGGGCACAACCAGAAGAGCUCAAGGUUCUUCUCUCCUCAAUUAUUCUCGAAGCCUUGCCUUUUCUAAACUCCGUCCCUUCCGAGAUCCCUUCCGUGGAGCCUGCUACUGAACUCCGGUCCACAAGUGAGCUCUGGAAACACAAGACAGUCAAAACAUACGACGGAUCUGCCGCUUCUGUCCAUGUAUUCGAGCGUACUGUUGAUGCUGAGACUCUUGGGGUUGUCGCUCAGAAGAACCCUGGGCUUGGGAUACCAUCUGAUAAAGCGCAGUCAGAGCUUUGGGCGCUUCGACGGAGUACUCACGAAGCAAAGAAAGAGAAGGGCACGGCAGAUUGGGAUGAGUUUCUGAGAUGUUUCAAGGAGAAGCAUGGUGAAGCGGAGAAGACCUUUACGCCAAGCGUGGUGAGUUUCAAGCGACUACAGGAAUGGGAUUGCUCAGGCAUUGAGAUUCAGCUGAACGGCGAAACUUGGAUUGACUGGACACUGCGUCAUGAGGAGUCUGUCCAUGACCUUCCCGGGCCGUUGUCAAAGCGUGUCUUUCCUGUUCUACAAGCCACAGCUGCUGUUCGUGGACGCAAGGAGUUCCUUGUCGUUCAAAUCGCGAUCCGGGCCGGUGACGAUGCAACAAACGUGGCUAAGCACGAUGGCCCAAUUCGGGCGGCUUACACAAGUGUUGAGAGGGUAAGAGAAUUGGGUGAUGGAAGCUUGGAAUGGGUGAUGGGGACAGCAUCUGAUGCGAAAGGCUUGGUGCCAAUGUGGGCACAGAAGCUAGGUCUUUCUGGGGCGAUAGCUAAGGAUGUCGGUAUAUUUAUGGACUGGAUUGGUAGGGAGAGAUUGAAGGGGAAAGAUGCUGAAGUUAUUGGUGACCUGGAGUAAUGAAGGCCAUGGUGCGAAGGCCCUUGGGUAACACAGAUGUCGGUCUUGCACGCGCGAGUGC